CGCUACUUGACCUACGCAAUAUUUCAUCCAGAGAGGUACAACAACACGAUUGACAGAGGACCGCCAUUUCCAUCAUAGUCUGACAGACAGCAGUAAGGAGAUUAUUUCCAUAAUGGAUCUACCACCCCUCUCUCGCGAGCAGCUGUCCACGGUACUCGCAACUGCUCGUUCGCCUUCUGUCCUCUACGAGACAUUAUCACAAUAUGAGGGUCCUGCCUGUUUUCUUUCAACGUCGAAUAGCGACGAAGCUGAACUUUUGAGCUUGUUUUAUUCGAGUUUCUUCUUCUGCCAUCUUCUCCUUGAUGACAUCUACGAAGCCCGCGCCAUGACGAAGCGUAUGCCACAGGAUCUAGCGCAAAAUGAUGCUGCCCUUCAAAACUGUUUGAGGUUAUUGCGCGCUGUCUGGCAACGGAAGUAUGAGUACGUAUACAAGGUUCUGAGAGACCUACCAUGGCCGGAGAUGCUCGAGCCAACAGUACGAAAAUACGAACUUCAUUUUCAGGAAAAGACCUUAAAGGAAGUCAGUCGAGCCUACGAAGCGAUUCGGCCUGAUGCGGCUGCAAACUACCUUGGCCUUGAUGCAACCGCCGCAAAGCAGGGCGAUCCAGCUAUCAUAAGAAAAUUUACAGCCUGCGGGUGGAGAUGGGAUGAGCAAAACAGGCUCCUCUAUCCCCAACCCAUUACCACUCCUAGGGAAAAGAUUGGACACUCCUCCAACGGGUUGAGCGAGGUCAUGGCGCUGAUGGGAUCUCAUUCCGGCUGAAAAAGUCGAUGCGGCCAACAAGCGUUACAGCUCUUGCUUGAAGCCAUGGUAGCUCAAAACGCGAGAAGGAACUAAGACGGUAAUUGUGGCCACCGGCAACCCUGACAGAGCCAUUUCGAUGGCUUCCUGCUCCUACACAUGCCCUGUGUGAUGCGGCGUCGCAUACAACCUGCACGGAGUAGUCGAUAGCGUCCCGGAGAUAGGAGAUGAGCGGCGAAACCGGAGAAACCACACAUUUCUUGCUCUUCUGGUCCAACUGUAGUGUACAGAUGCACAGACACCCCAGGGUAUGUACAAGUCUCGGAGGAAGGUCUAUUGGUUAGAAGAACAACAGAAAAUCAUUCCUUUCGCUCGCAACACGAAAGUGGGAAUUAGAC